AGUUUGUAGUGUAUUGACAUCUUGACAUCCGCUUUACUCACAGUCAUAUCCUGGCGUCUAUCUAAAGCGGACUCUCUCGGACUUUGUUGUGGUUUUGAAUUCCUCACACAGGCAGGUGUUAGUGUGAGGGGAGGCCGGUGUCUUACAUGAGGAGCGGUGUUUAGGAGCUCAGCAGCCGGGACAGGAGAUGAUGGCCGGGCUGCCGCUGCUGCUUCUCGGUGGGCUGCUAGAGGUCUGCAGCGGCGUCUCUGCUAACAGAGGGGGUUAUCCCUCCUUUACAGACGAAGUCCCUUUUAAAAUCAGCUGGCCUGGCGUUGAAUUCUCGCUGCCAAAGUCAGGCGGCCUUUACCACGAAGAUGACUUCGUCAUUAUGACAACAACAGAAAAGGAGAAGUAUAAAUGCAUCCUGCCUUCCCUGACAGCUGGAGACGAGGAUGAUGAUAAGGAGUACGGCGGGCCCACUCCGGGAGAUCUCCUGGAUCCACUAUUCAAACGAAGCAGCUGCUCUUACAGGAUUGAGUCAUACUGGACAUAUGAAGUGUGUCAUGGAAAACAUAUAAGACAGUAUCAUGAAGAGAAGGAGACUGGUCAGAAAAUCAGUGUUCAGGAGUACUUCCUGGGGAAUAUGGCACAGAAGACCCAGACUACAGCGACAGACAAAGUUGAAGAGGCGGAAAAUGUAAAAUCAGCUGAAACUGAAGUGCACUCAAAGAAUAUAGAAGGUCAGCUCACUCCGUACUACUCGCUGGAGAUGGGCAAUGGGACUCCUUGUGUGCUGAAGCAGAACGAGCCACGCGCAACAUCUGUGCUGUACGUCUGUCAUCCAGAGGCCAAGCAUGAGAUCCUGUCUGUUGCUGAGGUCACGACCUGUGAAUAUGAGGUGGUGGUGUUGACCCCACUGCUCUGUGCACACCCAAAAUACAGGUUCAAGUCCUCCCCUGUGAAUGCCAUCUUCUGCCAGGCUUUGGCCGGCUCCCCUCUGCAGCCUCAGCGACUUGCCCAGUUGGAUAAAGAGACAGAAGAGCAGCUCAAACCUCCUUUUAGCGCCACCUCCGAGGCCAGAGAGGAGGAGGCCACACCUAUAAGAGAAGAGGCUUUCACUUCCACUCACAAACCCAUGACUGUGGGCGGGCAGACUCAGGUCACUGUCGGCACCACUCAUAUCUCUCGCCUGACGGAUGACCAGCUAAUCAAGGAGUUCCUGAGUGGUUCAUAUUGUCUGCACGGGGGGGUAGGGUGGUGGAAAUAUGAAUUCUGUUACGGAAAGCAUGUCCAUCAGUAUCAUGAGGAUAAAGAGCAAGGGAAGAACAUUGUGGUGGUGGGCAGCUGGAAUGCUGAGGAGCACAUCGACUGGGCCAAGAAGAACGUCGCCCGAUCCUACCAGCUCAAGGAUGAUGGAGUGCAGAAAGUCAAGUUGGUUUCCCACUUUUAUGGCCACGGAGAUCUGUGCGAUCUGACAGGGAAGCCCAGACAGGUCAUUGUCAAGCUCAAAUGCAAGGAGUCUGAGUCUCCACAUGCUGUCACUGUCUAUAUGCUGGAGCCUCAGACUUGUCAGUACAUCCUUGGGGUUGAGUCUCCGGUCAUAUGCAGGAUUCUUGACACCGCCGAUGAAUAUGGACUUCUGUCAGUCUCCAGCUAAACUGACAAAGAUCAUAUGACAGCCAGAGUGCAUGAAGGACAUGGAGAGGACGGACAGAGGAUUGUUCACUUUAAGAAAGACACCAUAAAACAGAAGCAUGUGUGAUGGAGGAAAAGAGAUGCCCGUGACACUGCACUAAAAGGCAACGUAGAGUUUAAAUGUUGGUAAAGGUUUAUCUUGAGGCUGGACUUCAUGUAGCCCAGGAGCAGAGACCCACCAGAAGCCCUGAUCUGUGCAAUGGGCCGUGCUUCAUCUUCCAGUCUGACUUUGUGAAAACAAAAAGAAAGGGGGCUGACGCCUCACUAAACAAGGAGGCGGAUUUAUUACUUGUAUUCAUAUCUAUGCUUUCACUGUGUGUUGAUUUGUGGCAAAGGAGUGAUGAAUCAGGGGAUUCGUAAUCAUCAGGUGAAAUCAACAAUACUCAUGGUGGUUCUAUUGUCGAAGUUUGAAGUUUAAUUGUUUAAGUUCUGUAUUGUCUGUGUGUGUUUGUGUGUGCUUGUGGGGUGGGGGAGUGAUGAAAUUAUUAGCUGCUUGACUGAGGAAUUUUGCACUUGUAGAUAUGAGAAAAAGCAAGUCUGAAAAUGUUAUGCAGCAGUGAGUGUGUGCUGUGUUAAUUUAGAGAAUGAGUGAGUUAAAUGUUAGGAGGGUGCUGUGGAAUAGCAAAUGAUUAAAAUUUAAUUUGAGUUUGUUUAA